AUGGCUCAUACCUUCUCAGAUGCGGGCGCUCGGAAGGAGAAGGGCGUUGCCUCCUUCCUCGCCGUAUCAUGGCUGCUAUCGCUACUCUUAAUCGUGAACCCGACUCUCGUCUCCGCCGCGACGGCUGCGGACUACUACGUUCGCUCGCUACCGGGGGCUCCCGAAGGCCCGUUGCUGAAAAUGCAUGCUGGGCAUAUCGAGGUUGACGAGAAGAGCAAUGGGAACCUUUUCUUCUGGCAUUAUCAAAACCGGCACAUUGCCAACCGACAGCGAACCGUGAUCUGGUUGAACGGAGGACCAGGAUGCAGCUCGAUGGACGGCGCAUUGAUGGAAGUUGGGCCCUACCGACUGAAAGACCGCAAUACGCUUGAAUACAAUGAAGGGUCCUGGGACGAGUUUGCCAACCUGCUCUUCGUGGAUCAGCCUGUCGGGACGGGUUUUAGUUAUGUCAACACCGACAGCUAUCUUCAUGAGCUGGACGAGAUGGCUGCCCAUUUCAUUACGUUCCUCGAGAAAUGGUUCGAAUUGUUUCCGGAGUAUGAACCCGAUGACCUUUACCUCGCAGGCGAGUCUUAUGCCGGUCAACAUAUCCCAUACAUCGCCAAGGCCAUCCAGGAGCGGAACAAGAAAGUACAGGGCAGCAGUGCCCAGUGGAAGCUAGGGGGUCUCUUAAUCGGUAACGGCUGGAUUUCCCCCGCAGAUCAGUACCCCGCAUAUAUGAAUUUUGCAUAUGAGGAGGGCCUUAUCCAAAAGAACAGUCAAGUCGCAAAGGAACUGGAGGUGUAUAACUCGGUCUGUCAAUCCAGGUUACAGGGCGGGAAGAACAAGAUCCACCUAGACGAUUGCGAAGCGGUUCUACAGAGGCUUCUGGGCCGGACGAUGGAUUCGAAAAACACAUGUUUCAACAUGUAUGAUAUUCGCCUGCGUGAUACAUAUCCGUCUUGCGGUAUGAACUGGCCGCCAGACCUUGGAGAUGUGAAGCCCUACCUGCAACGCCCAGAUGUUGUCGAGGCUCUGAACAUAAACCCCGAGAAGAAAUCUGGAUGGGAAGAAUGUUCUGGUUCGGUUUCGAGCUCGUUCCUAGCGCGGAACUCCAAACCUGCCGUUCAACUACUGCCUGGCCUCCUUGAAUCUGGGGUUCCAGUCCUUCUUUUCAGCGGCGACAAAGACCUUAUUUGCAACCACGUUGGAACUGAGCAACUUAUCAGCAACAUGAAAUGGAACGGCGGAACUGGCUUUGAGACCUCGCCAGGGGUUUGGGCCCCUCGUCAUGACUGGACUUUCGAAAGUGAACCGGCCGGGAUCUAUCAAUAUGCUCGGAACCUGACCUAUGUCCUUUUCUACAAUGCAAGCCACAUGGUCCCGUUCGAUCUACCUCGCCAGAGUCGUGAUAUGGUGGAUCGAUUUAUGAGAGUUGACAUUGCGAGUAUUGGAGGAAGCCCUGCGGACUCUCGCAUUGAUGGUGAAAAACUACCCCAGACAUCGGUUGGGGGUCAUCCGAACAGCACUGCCGCCGAAGAGAAAGAGAAGGAGAAAAUGAAGGAGACAGAGUGGAAAGCCUAUGCUAAAUCCGGCGAGGCUGUUCUUGUGGUCGUGAUCGUGGGUGUGUGCGUCUGGGGCUUCUUUAUCUGGCGCAGCCGGCGUCGUCAAAAUGGGUACCGGGGAGUUUUCCACCAAGAUAUGAGCGGGAGCUCUAUCCUAGAACGUUUCCAUAGCAAACGUUCCGGCGCUGAUGUCGAGGCCGGCGAUUUCGACGAAUCUGAGCUCGAUAACCUUCAUUCACCUGGAAUCGAGCGAGAUCAUUAUGCAGUGGGGGAUGACAGUGACGAGGACGACGCGGCCCGGCGACAUUCUCGACAAGCCUCAUCUCAAGGUGGAGGUAACAAAUCAUGA